CAUCUUAUCGAUUAUACUAUCGCUUGCUUUACAGCUGCUUAAUUUACUUUGUUGAGACAGAAAUUUGUAAAUAGACAAAAGUUUAGAGCCAAGUUUUUUCCAUGUCGAAAACCUUCGAGAUGUGUAGAACCAGUGAUGAAUGGAAGUUUUGGUGUCGCCUCUGUGCUACAGAAAAUUCUCGAAACAUCAACGUAUUGUCAGAAAUGGAUUCAAAAUCACAGCUUAUGAACUUAGAUUUUAAUAGCAUUAAAUUUAGGGAUUUCAUAGAGCAGUUCUUUCAAGUUCGGAUUGAAGAGGACGGAGAUCUAUCCCAUUGGCUUUGUACACAAUGUUUUUCGUUGAUUUCAGCCUUGGUUAAAUUUUCGGAGCAUGUAAAAAAUGUGCAAAACAUGUAUGAUGCUAUUCAACGUUCUGUGAACAGAAAAACUCUGGAUUUGAAAGUGUUUCGAGAGAAUUACAAUUUGCUUGGGAAUGAGUUAUUUAUAUUUAAUUUAUCGGAUAUAAAAUCAAAAGUUGAAAACAUUUCAAUUGAGCCCAAUAUAAUAGUUAAAGAAUCACUAGAUAGUAUUGUGAAGAGUGAAAUAAUAUCGGAUGAAGUCCGAAAUGGAGUAUUUUGCAAUAAGUUCGAAUACAAGAGUGAAUAUCAAGAUCCCCUUGGUGAUGGCAAUGAAAAUGUCGGUAGUGACAUAGAAAGUUUUAACUCAGGAGAAAAACAGAAUGAAGAAAAGAACAUAAAAGUAGACCAAAGCGAGUUAAAUGAACAAUUUCCUAAUCGACUUAGUGCGAAUAAGCACAAUAAAAAGCUCAAAAAAAGGUUGUGUAUCUCUGAGGAAGAUUCAAAGGAACAGAAAUACUUUUGUAGCGAUUGUUCAAUGCAUUUCCAAAGACUUAGCAAUUAUAGUUCGCAUAUGAAGAAAAGACAUGGCAUCAUAUAUGAAUUAGAUCCUUUGACAUGCCCUCAAUGUGCUAAAGCCUUCCCAUCUAAAUCCAGACUUAAUCGUCACAUUAAAACACAUCGGCCACUGGCGGAAACGCGAAUAUUUCCAUGUCCACUGUGUGAUCGAAAAUUUCAGGCAAAAGAUUAUGUAUCCACACAUAUAAAACUAGUACAUGAAGAUAUUCGCCCAUUUAUUUGCGAAGAAUGCGGCGAAGGUGCUCGUACAAAAGCCACUCUACGAGAUCACAUGCUUACGCAUACCGGCUUGGCGCCUUUUGAGUGCGAAGUAUGUAAAAAAAGAUUCAAAAACCGGGCGCAACUGAAAAAACACAUGGAGAUACACAGUUCCAAUAAACACAUCUGCAGCGAAUGUGGCUUACAACUGAAUUCGCGCAUAACUUUAAACCGUCACAUGCUGGUACAUUCUGAUGUUAUGCGCCACAAGUGCGACUACUGUGGGAAGGCUUUUAAGAGAGCAAAAACGCUAAAACUUCAUUUAAUACUCCAUACCGGUCUAAAACCAUAUUCCUGUGAUUUCUGUGAACGAACCUUUGCGGCAGCUUCCAAUUGUCGUACCCACAAAAGAAAAUCACAUCCAAACGAAUUGGCUGUGUUGGAAGCUUCAGGCGAAAAUACUUACACAAAAAAUAUUCCCACAUUGACUGUAUUGAAGACAGUGACACGAUCGGCUGAAAAUCUUACUCCAGUGGUUUGCAAGCAGAGCGGUAAUUUUUCUUUGGGUAGGAAACCGAAGAUUCCAUUUGAUUGCACAGGCUUCACAAAACAUUCUAAUUCUUCGACUAGCAUAGACCCACUGAACUGGUUACUUCAAACAGAUGCCACAAGAGCGAGUUGUAAAUGAGUGUGCAGACAAUUAUGGUGCACAACGUAUCGUAAUUCCUUUCCGCUGGCCUUAGGAUACACAAAAUUGAGCAAAACUUAUUCCGUAGAAAACAACUGCGUUCUUUUAGUUGCAUAUUUACACAAUACUGCAACUGCAAAAUGUUC